GCCACCUUCAAGCCCCUCCUCGCAAAGCUCGUCCACACCCCGGACGCCUUCACCCCCGCCGACCUCCACCGCGCCCUCGAGCACCUCUUCACCCCAGAUGCCGCUCUCCCAGAGCAGACCGGCGCCUUCCUCGCCGCGCUGCACAUCGCCCGCGUCGAACACCGCCCCGACAUGCUCGCCGCUGCAGCCGCAUCCCUCCGCGCGCGAGCCCGCGCGGUGCGCAUCGACGCACCCGAUGGCGCCGUGCUCGUCGAUAUCGUCGGCACGGGCGGAGACGGGCACAAUACGUUCAACGUUAGCACUACGGCGGCCAUCGUCGCCGCGGGCACCGGCGCCGUGAACGUCGUCAAGCACGGCAGCAGAGCCUCCACCUCCUCCUCAGGCUCCGCCGACCUCCUCCAAUCCCUCGGCUGCAUCUUCACUCCCCCACCCACUCCCCCUUCCCCAACCACCACGCCCGCCCCACCGCACGUUCUCCGCACGCUCCCCUUCCGCUUCCUCCUCGCCCCACACUACCAUCCCGCCCUCGCCCUCCUCGCCCCCGCCCGGCGCGCCCUCUCCUUCCGCACGCUCUUCAACCUCCUCGGGCCCCUCCUCAACCCCGCCUCCCCGCCAUACACCCUCAUCGGCGUCGCCGACCCCGCCCUCGGCGCACCCUUCGCCGCCGCCCUCGCCGCCGCCGGCGCGCGCCGCGCGCUCAUCGUGUGCGGCGCGGAGGGCCUCGACGAGAUCAGCUGCGCGGGGCCGACGCGCACGUGGGAGAUGACGCGCGACUCCGCGACGGGGGACGCGGUCGUCGUCGAGCGCACGCUCGAGCCCGGCGCGACGUUCGGCCUGCCGACGCACGCGCUCGCGAGCGUCGCGGGCGGCGCGCCGGCGGACAACGCGGACACGCUGCGCGCGCUGCUCGCGUUGCGGCGCGGCGCGGCAGGCGAUGGCGGUGACGGUGAGGGGGAGGUGGUGGUGCCCGCGCGCCUGGCGCCCGUGCUGGACUUUGUGCUGAUGAACGCGGCCGCGCUGCUGGUCGUUGCGGGCGCCGCGCCGGACUAUAAGGCCGGCGUGCGCAUGGCACGGGAGGCGAUCGUGUCGGGGGGCGCGGAGCGGGCGUUGGCGGCGUUUGUGGAGGAGACGAGGGCAGAGGCG